AUGGCAAAGCACCUCAGCGAGGCCGUGACCUUGGACACGAGCUUUCGUGGCGCCGUCAUCGCGGCGCUCAGCGGCGAGGAGUCGGACUUUGCGAGCCCACGCGUCCUGGGAGUUGCCCAGUGGGCUGCCAUUGUGGCGCUGAGCCUGCUCCUCGUGGUGCUGCUGCUUGCCUGGGGCCGCUGCCACCAGAGGUGCUACACAUGGGUUCCACCAGAAUUUGGCUUGCCACAACUUCAGUGCAGCCGGGCCAGCCGGGAGAUAGAGGUGAUGCCCGCGGCCCAGGGCCGCUUCUCCCUCCUGCCAAGCGACUCAGACGGCGAUGCGAGCCUCCAGCAGCCUGGAAGUACCAGCGCCCGCCUCAAGGCUGUUGCCCUUGCCGCUUUCUCCUACGCAGCCUUGGGCAUCGCCUGUUUCUGGGCCGCGCUGGGCGCAGGGCUGGCUCUCGAAGUUUUCCGGAAAGAGCAGGAUGGCGGGCUUCCUGCCCUGGCGGCCUUCGUUGCCUGCCUUGCGGUGGCGUGUCUGGCCCUGGCGGCCAUCGCGUCGCUGCUUUUCACCUCCCUGAAGCACCUCCUGCGGCAGGAGGUCCAUGAAGCGGACCUCCGCAUGGGGAAAGUGGAUACUUGGAGGAUGGAUCCUCUCUCCAACGUGGAGGAGUGGCUGGCGGCCCAGGCCAAAGGCUUCCAGUCGAGGAAGGCGGAGGCCCUCUCCACACCCGUGGUCAUCACCCUCCAGGUGUUCAUGGAACGAGCUUUUUUCGUCUGGGACAUAGUCUCCGACGUGCUCGUGGCAAUCGCCUUGCUUGAGCACCACCCCUGGUGGGCCUCGAUCACUGCCGGCAUCCUGUCCUUCCCGUACCUGGCCCUCAGCUGCCUGCUGGGCGUCGGCGGCGUGCGGGAGCUCCUGGCCCAGCUCUUCCCAUCUACCUGGGCCUGCUGCGCUGAGUUGCCGUGUGCUCCAUGCUGUUGGCUCGCCUUGCCUCUCUCCUUCGUUUUCAUCGACUUCACCGUCGUAUUUCAGAACAUCGCCUGGGAGCCGGCAUCGACGAGGCUGUUCCACUAUUGGACCCUGCGGCAGCUUCUGGAAGUUUUCCUGGAGGCCAACCUGCAGACUGCGCUACAGGGCUACAUCUUCUUCCGCCAGGAGAACUUCUUCAACGUGUUCCCGGCCUUGGAGAACACGUCCGUGAAUCCGGCGCUGCUAGCUGCCCUUCGGCCGCAACAGUGGGAGCGUAGCAUGUUGCGAGCUGAAGAAGGCCACAUCGCUCGCAGAAGUGUUCAGCAGAAGGAAGGGGGUGGAGGCACAGCUAGCGUUGUUCUCUCGAGACAUGGCGAUCUCCGGGCUGGGUCUCAUAAUUCAUCAAUGCCGAAGCCUCGCAGAGGAAUCUAG